AGAUUAUGGGGUGGGGGGCGUGACCAAAGAAAAAAGUUUGAGAAACACUGAACUAGAUACAGGUGUACAUAUAUACUUCUCAGGAUACAUAUUUAAUGUAUUUCUGCCAGGCAGUAGGUGACUGUAUCCGUGCUUUUAUAAAAAAAAAGAAAAAGAAAAAAGCAUAUUUAAUUAUGUUAGUUGACCCAUUAAAAGUGGCAGAGAGACGUGAUGUGGGCGGGGCUUGGACGCAGUCUCUUGAGUCGUCAGCGCUCAUGGGCGGGGUUUACAAACAGCUGCUCGCUCUCGUCACGGUCUUGCUCGCAGUCUUCACCGCUCCGCGCUCACGAACACACAAUCGCAGAGCGGAUUAAAUCACACACACACAAACUGAUUGCACACGACUGCUGUUUAUAUCCGGCAGGAGACGAGACAGUUAAAAGAAACCUCUUUAACCAGACUGAAAGAAUUUGAUGACAGCACGAACCAAAUCAAGAGACACAAACGGAUAAAAUAACACCAGAAUCGGACCAAACUCAUCUUCAUCAUUUAUUUCACACUGGACGGUUCACUGGAUUUAUUGCUGCUUCAUUAAUUCUGUGUUUUACUUUUGCAUUAAUUAACCGAUCGAGGAUUUGGAGUACGGUCUACAUCACAUAUAAUCUGUAAUAUCUAUAUCAUUUUCACUUUUCCAUACAAGGACAGCAUUGCCAAUAUAUUUUCUCUUGCAAUAAAUUGCAUUUGAUCAGACAUCGAUUGGAUCGAUCCGGACCUCCGAUGAUGAGUUUUCCACGCUCCUGUACUUCCUGAUCUCCUCUGGGAAUAUCUGGGAAUGUCUGACACGGACGCAUCUCUCAGUUGAAGAUCCGGUGUUGUGUUGAUGAAUCAUGUAUGAGAGUGUGGAUGUGAACCCGUUCCUCGUGAUGGAUUAUUAUCACCCGAGCAGAGGAUGUCUGAUCCCAGACAAGAUCCCGCAUCAUCCCUUCAGCUCUUCCAUCAGACAGCAGCACUGGAGCGGAUCCAACCACUCGAUCGAGACACAGAGUACGAGUUCAGAGGAGAUUGUCCCCAGCCCACCCUCGCCGCCCCCUCCACCUCGCAUCUAUAAGCCCUGUUUCGUGUGUCAGGACAGGUCUUCAGGGUACCACUACGGUGUCAGCGCCUGCGAAGGCUGCAAGGGUUUCUUCAGGAGAAGUAUUCAGAAGAACAUGGUGUACACGUGCCACAGAGAGAAGAACUGCAUCAUCAACAAAGUGACCCGCAACCGCUGUCAGUAUUGCCGCCUGCAGAAGUGUCUGGAAGUGGGAAUGUCCAAAGAAUCGGUGAGGAACGACAGGAACAAGAAGAAGAAGGAGGAGAAGAAGCAGGAGUGCACAGAGAGCUACACGCUGAGUCCAGACACAGAGCAGAUGAUUGACAGAGUCAGAAAAGCUCAUCAAGAGACCUUCCCUUCACUCUGUCAACUUGGCAAAUACACCACCAGUAACAGUUCGGAGCACCGCGUGUCCCUGGAUGUGGAUUUGUGGGAUAAGUUCAGCGAGCUCUCCACUAAGUGCAUCAUAAAGACGGUGGAGUUCGCCAAGCAGCUGCCGGGAUUCACCACGCUCACCAUCGCGGAUCAGAUCACGCUGCUCAAGGCCGCCUGCCUCGACAUACUGAUUCUGCGGAUCUGUACUCGCUACACACCGGAGCAGGACACCAUGACAUUCUCUGAUGGUUUAACGCUCAACCGGACACAGAUGCACAACGCCGGCUUCGGUCCGCUAACUGACCUGGUGUUCGCCUUCGCCAAUCAACUGCUGCCACUAGAGAUGGACGACGCAGAGACGGGACUGCUCAGUGCCAUCUGCCUGCUGUGUGGAGAUCGUCAGGAUCUGGAGCAGGCUGAUAAAGUGGACGUACUGCAGGAGCCACUGCUGGAAGCUCUGAAGAUCUACGUGAGGAAGAGGAGACCUCACAAACUUCACAUGUUCCCCAAGAUGCUCAUGAAGAUCACAGAUCUGAGGAGCAUCAGUGCCAAGGGAGCGGAGCGUGUGAUCACCCUGAAGAUGGAGAUUCCCGGCUCCAUGCCUCCUCUCAUCCAGGAGAUGCUGGAGAACUCGGAAGGUUUGGAGAGUUCGGCGGGUGGGGUCAGCUCACGGGCCAGCUGUAGCCCCUCCCUUUCCCCGAGCCCCGCCCAGAGCAGCCCGCCCACGCAGUCGCCAUGACAACCUUCGUCGCCACUCACCGACUACUGUGUGCCCUCCCGGACACACACACACACACACACACACACACCCGUACCCACUCCUCUGCCUGUGCUCCUCAGAGACUAACGGGGGUCAGUCUGGGAUUUUGACGUUUUCUUCCCUUCAGAUUCUUGUUCGAGAGAUCAGACUGUUAUUGUCCUCGUUUUCACCACUCCGUUACAAAGUCGGUUCACCCUUUGGAUGAAGACCGCUGGACGAGUGAAGAUCACAUUAAAACAAAAAGUGCAAGAAUUUCUGCACAAACUCAUACAAGGAAUUAAAGGAUUUGACUUUUAUUUUUGAUUCUUGUGGCCUGGACUUCUGAUUUCCUACAAAAUAAAAAAUAUAUAUAAAUAUAGAGACAGAAACAUGAACGAUUGUGAUUGUCUGAGAACAGAAUGAAUCAUGGACUUAAAGAUGUAAAGAUGCAUUCGAAUUAUUCUUUCUGCCUGUGAAAGGAAACGAGACAUGAUGAUGAUGAUGAUGAUGAUUUUCAUGCAAUUUUGAAAAGAAUAUUAUUUACACUCACAAAAUUGUGCACAGAAGAUAUAAAAACAGUUGCAGAAAAAUCAAGCGUUUGUGUCUGUCUUCCUCUUUGUGUUUGAAGAUACAAGCAAAAAAGACUCCACGAGUUUUGCUUGAUAUUUGACAAAACAUACGGUCAACAGUAGUUUCUUUAAGACCCCAUGAAAUGCCUUGUGCAGUGUUCUUUCCUGUUUUAACAUUUUCUAUUGAAAAAGAAAGUUUCAAACACAUCGAUGGGCUCCUGCAUCUUUCAACAGCUUUGAGUUCACAUCACAGAAUGACCCGUGCAUUGCUCCGUUGCAGCUGAUAGAUGGUGGUAUUGGGUGGAGGGAUGUUCUCAUUUUAGAUAGCAUUUUAUUGGACAAAAACACCCCUGAGGAAAAAACACCAGUUGGUAUUUUACUCCAUAUUCCUUAGUAGAGACUGUAUAUUUUUAAUGCGACUGUCUGCCAAAAAUGUAGGGGCUAACAUGGACUAAUAGCCACAAAAUGUCCGUUUUGAUUUAAUGACAUCUUUAAAUAAAUGUUCAUUAUGAAAUGUUUUCUCUUUGGUCCACGUGUAGUGUUCAUAAAUAUGGAGCCCCUUAGAGGACUGGGCAGGAAUUUUUUUUCCUGAAAUAUUUUGCUUUCGCUCACCAUAAAUUUACCAUGGUAUUACUACAGUAAGUUACUAUAUGGUCUGUCAGCAAAAAAAAAUUAAAAAUGUGUUUAAAUUGCUGCCCCCUGCACGUUUCCAUUCAAAUGUCCUUUUACUUACUGUUCCAGAAGGUGUGCGUCAUGACGUCAUUCUUAAAAAACACUGUAGCUUUAGCGAAAAAGAAAUCUGCCCUUGAGCCGUUUCCAUACAGAAUUUUGUGUAUAUCGCAAAUUGUAGGUGAUCUUUCACGUCCCAGAUGUCCCUACAUUUGUGUAAAAUAUAGAGAGUAUUGAAAUUGGCCAGCAUACUGUUUCAUUUCACAUAAUUCUCUUUUUGUUUUUCUGUUCUGAAAGCUUGUGUCUGUUAUCGCAAUACAAUAAAAAAGAAGUGUGUCUUCUCGUUGGCCAACAUCCACUUCAGACACUCUGAGAACUUAAACAACCAUAAAUUAGGCUCACAGGCUGGACAGGGCAGAGUCACUGCUUUAGUCUUUGUUUUUAGUUUUUUUACCAUCAUGCCAAUCGGGAUUGACACAGGAUUCAUAUAAAAUGACAUUUUUACUGGACAUUUU